UGGCCCGGGGCGGCGGCCGGCAGUGGCGGCGGAGGCGGCCGAGGAGCGAGGAGCGGGCGCGUCGGCACCAUGGGGGCCCAGCUCAGCACGCUGGGCCAAGUGGUGCUGUCCCCAGUCUGGUUCCUCUACAGCCUGCUCAUGAAGCUCUUCCAGCGCUCCACGCCGGCCAUCACCCUCGAGAGCCCGGACAUCAAGUACCCGCUGCGGCUCGUGGACAAGGAGGUGAUCAACCACGACACCCGGCGCUUCCGCUUCGCACUGCCCUCGCCCCAGCACAUCCUGGGCCUCCCCAUCGGCCAGCACAUCUACCUGUCGGCUCGAAUCGAUGGUAGCCUGGUCAUCCGGCCCUACACGCCUGUCUCCAGCGACGAUGACAAGGGCUUCGUGGACCUUGUGGUCAAGGUUUACUUCAAGGACACGCAUCCCAAGUUUCCCGCUGGAGGGAAGAUGUCCCAGUACCUGGAAAACAUGCAGAUCGGAGACACCAUUGAGUUCAGGGGCCCCAACGGGCUGCUGGUCUACCAGGGCAAAGGCAAGUUCGCCAUCCGUCCCGACAAGAAGUCCAGCCCCGUCGUCAGGACGGUGAAGUCCGUCGGCAUGAUCGCAGGAGGGACCGGCAUCACCCCGAUGCUGCAGGUGAUCCGCGCCAUCAUGAAGGACCCCGAUGACCACACCGUGUGCCACCUGCUCUUUGCCAACCAGACCGAGAAGGACAUCCUGCUGCGGCCCGAGCUGGAGGAGCUGAGGAACCAGCACUCUGCCCGCUUCAAGCUCUGGUACACGGUGGACAAAGCCCCUGAAGCCUGGGACUACAGCCAGGGCUUCGUGAACGAGGAGAUGAUCCGGGACCACCUGCCGCCCCCCGAGGAGGAGCCGCUGGUGCUGAUGUGCGGGCCGCCGCCCAUGAUCCAGUUCGCCUGCCUGCCCAACCUGGAGCGCGUGGGCCACGCCAAGGAGCGCUGCUUCGCCUUCUGAGGCCGCCGUGCCCACCCCGCGCCGCCCGCCCUGCCGUCCCCCUCGGCCGCGCCUCACUCUGGGCCGCGGGUUCAGCCUGGUCUGCCCGUGUCCCGGUGGCCAGCAGCCGAGGCAGCCCCCCGCGAGUGGCGCCAAGUGUGAGCUGGGCUGCAGCCGGCCCCUCCAGGAGUCCUCCCUGCCCCCACUGGUUCUCAGCGAGGACGCCACCCCCACGUGACCCCUUGCCACCCGGCCCGACACGCACCGCGGCCAAGCCCCGUGCCGCAGGGCCCCGGCUCACCUGCACAGAAGCAGCACACGCAGGCCCGCGCCGUCCUGGACCCUGGCCUCUGCACUGGGGAGGAGGUGGGGUGACAGGCGGGUGCUGGGUGGGGGAGGGGGGCGCCCGCCCAGCCUGGGCCAAGUCUGAGCAGUGCCUCUGGGCCCAGGGACCCACGGCCUCGGCCUCGCCUUUAGACCGCUGUUAGCCUCUCGCUCGCCUUUUUCAGUCAUUUAUAAAGGAGCAGAAACGAAACAAGUGA